CCUCCGCGCGCGGCGUGGAUCGCGGCCGGAGCCGCCAUUGUUCCGCCGGGGGAGGACGGCGGGGCCUGGUGCUGGCGCCCCGACGCCGCUUAGCGGCCGCCUCUGGAGACACUUUGCCCCUGCCGCCCCGCGUCCUCCUGGCGGCGGCGGCGUGAGGCCGGCUGCGGGGACUGGGAGCCCUCGGCCCUCCCCGCGGCGGCGGAGGCUGCCCGUCUCCCGCCCCGGCGUGCGGGGUGGCCGCGAUGCGCUCGGCCUGAGGCGCCGCGGCCCUCGUCGCCUCCUACGACUCCUCCGGCGGCGUCCGUGCGCCCCGGCGUCAUCCCGCGAGUCUUUCUGACGGGAGGGAAGAUGGCUGCGUGGAGCUGGCAGGACGAGCUGGCCCAGCAGGCCGAGGAGGGCUCUGCCCGGCUGCGGGAGCUGCUCUCGGUCGGCUUGGGUUUCCUGCGCACCGAGCUGGGCCUCGACCUGGGACUGGAGCCCAAGCGGUACCCGGGCUGGGUGAUCCUGGUGGGCACCGGCGCCCUCGGGCUGCUGCUGCUCUUCCUGCUGGGCUACGGCUGGGCCGCGGCUUGCGCCGGCGCCCGCAAGAAGCGGAGGAGCCCGCCCCGCAAGCGGGAGGAGGCGGCCGCGCCGGCCCCGGCCCCGGAGGACCCAGCCCAGCUGAAGAAUCUCAGAAACGACGAGCAGAAGAAGAAGAACCGGAAGAAGCUGCCUGAAAAGCCCAAACCAAAUGGACGAACUGUUGAAGUACCCGAGGAUGAAGCUGUUAGAACUCCCCGAAGUAUAACAGCAAAGCAGCCACUAGAGACAGAUAAGAAAAAUGAAAAGUCAAAGAAAAAUAAGAAGAAGUCAAAGUCAGAUGCUAAAGCAGUGCAAAACAGUUCACGCCAUGAUGGAAAGGAAGUUGAUGAAGGAGCCUGGGAAACUAAAAUUAGUCACAGAGAGAAACGACAACAGCGUAAACGUGAUAAAGUGCUGACUGAUUCUGGUUCAUUGGAUUCAACUAUCCCUGGGAUAGAAAAUACCAUCACAGUUACCACCGAGCAACUUACAACUGCAUCAUUUCCUGUUGGUUCCAAGAAGAAUAAAGGUGAUUCUCAUCUAAAUGUUCAAGUUAGCAACUUUAAGUCUGGAAAAGGAGAUUCUACACUUCAGGUUUCUUCAGGAUUGAAUGAAAAUCUUACUGUCAAUGGAGGAGGCUGGAAUGAAAAGUCUAUAAAACUCUCCUCACAACUGAGUGCAGUUGAGGAGAAGUGGAACUCUGUUCCACCUGCUUCUGCAGGCAAGAGGAAGACAGAGCCAUCUGCUUGGACUCAAGACACUGGUGAUGCUAAUGCAAAUGGGAAAGACUGGGGAAGGAAUUGGAGUGAUCGUUCAAUAUUUUCUGGCAUUGCUGCUUGGUCUAGUGUGGCUAGGGGGAUGAGUGCCUCUCAACAGAACUCUGCUUCUUUUGCAUCUCUCACACUUAACUCUGCUGUCUCUGGGUCUACUGCUGAGCCAGUUUCUCAGUCUACCACUUCUGAUUAUCAGUGGGAUGUUAGCCGUAAUCAACCCUAUAUCGAUGAUGAAUGGUCUGGGUUAAAUGGUUUGUCUUCUGCUGAUCCCAGCUCAGACUGGAAUGCACCAGCAGAGGAAUGGGGGAACUGGGUAGAUGAAGAAAGAGCUUCACUUCUGAAGUCCCAGGAACCAGUUUCUAAUGAUCAAAAGGUUUCAGAUGAUGAUAAAGAAAAAGGAGAGGGAGCUCUUCCAACUGGAAAAUCUAAAAAGAAAAAAAAGAAAAAGAAGAAGCAAGGUGAAGAUAACUCUCUUACACAGGACACAGAAGAACCAGAAAAGGACAUUAGAGAAGAGCUUCCAGUGAAUACCUCCAAAGCCCGUCCAAAACAGGAAAAAGCUUUUUCCCUGAAGACCAUGAGCACUAGUGAUCCAGCUGAAGUACUCGUCAAAAAUAGCCAGCCUAUCAAGACUCUUCCACCUGCUGUAUCUGCCGAGCCAUCUGUUACCUUAUCAAAAGGUGACUCUGAUAAGAGCUCUUCCCAAGUGCCACCGAUGUUACAAGACACAGACAAACCCAAGUCAAAUGCUAAGCAAAACAGUGUGCCUCCCUCACAGACCAAGUCUGAAGCUAACUGGGAAUCUCCAAAACAAAUAAAAAAGAAGAAGAAAGCCAGGCGGGAAACGUGAAUUAUUUUUUUCUCUGAAUUGGACAUGUGUUUACAAACACUGUCUUGAAGAAUAUGCUGUUUAUGCAAUAAUUUGUGAACAUGUACAGAGUUUUAUAUAAAUUUAAACCAAUUUUUAAAACAAAACUGAACACAACCACCAUAAAAUGGAAUCAAAGGAAAGUUAAUUUAUGAAAUUAAGAGGUCAACAGAAUACAUACUGCAGUACUGGAAGACACUUGGGAGAGUCUUUUCAAUUAAAUGAGAAUGAUCUUAAUUUAAGAAUAUUAUCCUGGUUUUACAACAGUUCCCUGUUUACAACGGAUUGUGCCCUGUCUCAUCUGCAGCUGAGGAAUAAUGGAUUCUGAUUGGAGAAAAGGCUGCCUAGAAACCAGUAGGCAACUCCUUGGAUCUUAAUGCACAAACUUAGACCAUUUGAAUCUGUUUUAUGCUUAAAUCAAAGUGCUUUGAUCAAAUGCAUAAUCUGCCAUAUCUUUACAUAUUUGUUGUAGCAAUUUGUAUUAAAAGAAUCACAAGUGCAAAUAAAAAGUCAUUUAUCAUUUGUUUAACUAAACUGUCUUGGUUUAGUUUACAGUUCUUUAAAAGUUCUUAAUUAAAACAUUGAAAUGCAAUUGACAGACACUUAUGGCUUACAAAGUUAUUUUUGAUAGUCUUACAUUACUUGAAUUAUUCAAAGUAACAGUAUAUUUUAAAUUAAGAAAGGUGAACUAUAUUAUUUGUUUGAUAUGUUUAAGACUGAGACUAACAGAUAAUGCUCUUGUUCAUUGAUUUGAAAACUUCAGGCAAAAUCCAACUUAAUAUUUCUUUCUUUCCCCAUCAGUUUUUCCAGUGUCAAGUCUUAGUUGCUAGUAAUUUUUUUUACCUUAAAAAUGAAGUAAUUCAUAACUUUUGAGCAUAUGAUGGAAAAUGGAAAAGUAAUUAAUUGACAUUGUUGAGACCUCCAGUUAUCAGGAAUACAUUUUUUUACUGCCUUAACCUGUAGUACGUAGAAUAUGCAUCAAUUUCUUGAAGGGGAUUCAUGUUUUUAUAAGAAUUUUCAUGUAACUAUUGCAAUUGUGGUCAAAAAGGAACAUUUUCUGCUUGAAACUGUGUUGAUUUAAGUGAUGUAUGAUCUGUCACCAUUUUCAGGCACUGUGUGAUCCCUAAGAAACUGGCAGGCCUCUCUGUAAUUGUUAAUAGUGCAUGCUUGGCCAUGUACACUGUAAAUAGCCUUUACCAAGCGUGUUUGACAAGGACCAUAAUUAACAUCACUUAGUGAAUUGUGAUUUUUAAAAAAAGCCAUGAUUUAUUGAUGUGAGUGGCUUGUUUUCGUGUGGCUCCAGGAAUGAACCUGUUUAAAAGCUAUAACCAAUGGUACUGAUCUAUUCAUUAAAUACUGUCUUUAUAUUUGACUGUAGUUUAAUAAUAUUGUCAACUAGGAAAAGCUACAAGAUGUAAAAAUGGUUUUAGUUCUGUUGAAGACUGGCCUUAUUACUGGACAGCUUUCCUCACAUGCAAUCAACAACUUUUCACUGGGUAUUAACAUCUGUUUCAGGAACAUGGCAGUUUACAUGUUGUCUGAAGUUUUGUUUGAUUGAAUAAGAUUUCUAAAUUAAUUGAGUUGUUUAAAUAAAUGCAGAAAUAGAUAGCAUUGUUUUUAUUUGCUUCACUGUUGGGUGAAUAUUAGCUGAUGUGCCAGGAAUAGAGCCUUCACAUGGCUGCUGAGCUUCCUGUUCCCUCAGGGGGGCUGCCACACUGUGUCUCAAGGAAAUUUUGAUGGGGAGUCUGUAAUUACAGAGUGUGCCAAAAGGUCAGUGCUCACAAGUUUAAUUGAACUCUCUCAACUCUACCUCACCGUUCCUUUUUCUUAUAAUUCUUUGGGCUAGGUCAAACAUGAAACUUUAUUUCUCAGUUCAGUAUCUCCCAAUUCAGUCACUUCUUGUAGGAGGCAGCACCUAUACCAUGUAGUAAGAAACCAUCUUUUUGAGAAGAAAUGUGUCAUGGGAGUGGGCAAGCACAGUCAUACACUGGGUGGGUCGGUGUAUAGAUAGCCUCUGUGCCUGCUUUCUCUCUGUUUAUUUUUUUAGAAGGAGGCAGCUAUAUGAGUGAAAAUUAAGCCAGUUCUCAUAAAAUUGUUCAUUGCUCUUUGCCUCUUUAUAGAUCUUUAUGUGGCAAGACAGUGGAGUUUUGUUUUUGUUUUUGUUUUUUUUUCACUGAACAGUUACUGGUUUCUGUCAUCAGCUCAGAAAACUCAGAAAUCUAGGUAAUUAGGGAGUGGAGGUAAAGGCCUGCUGUUCUGUGCUGGCUGGUUAAGGGCCUCUGAUGCCUCCUGCCUCUCUGAAAUAGGUUCUGGGAAAAGCCUUUCUGUUCUUGAACAGAGUGUAGGCAUGUCAGAGUUCUCCAACUGCAUUAUCCCUGUCUAUACCUUAAAUUGAGAAAUAAACAGUUGAGAGAGUCCAAAAAGAAAGUAUUGAAAUAAAAUAUCAUUAAUGUAAUUUACCAUGUUUAAUUUGUGCAUGCAUUUUAUUGAGGAGGGGAGGUUGGAAUAAUUUAUCCAAAUCUAAUGGUAUUAUUUUGUAGGCUAAUCCAGUUUGUAUUUGAGUUAAAAAUCCCAGAGGGUAGUAAUUAAUUGCAGAGUUUAGUUUUUCUUAAUUAAAAACAGUCCUCUUAAUAUAGUGUGAAAUAUCAAAAUUUAGGAUUUAGGUUUAAGGUAUCUAAUGGCUAUCUUAAGGUUUUCCUGUAAACUCAUUGCACAAACUGAAAUUGGAAUUGCUUUCAAAAGACUUGGGGAAUGAAAAUGUGUCAUGUGUAAGAUGCACUGAGUGUUGUAAAUAAAACAGACCAUUUUUGUUUUGUUUAAA